ACUUUCCAUUACUGAAUUUCAUAAUAUGAAAAGGCCUGCGGUUCAUCUGAGCGGAACCCUCUCUAUGGCAAAGUUUCACCACGGGGACUGAUUUAACAAGAUCGCGUAUUGCUAAAGGAGACGUUUGGUUUUAUUACAUCUUUGUGUUUAUUAAAGAUUUUGUAACUGAAGAUGACAGACCGUUAUAACAUCCACAGCCAGCUGGAGCAUCUCCAGUCCAAGUACAUUGGCACGGGCCACGCUGACACCAGCAAAUGGGAGUGGCUGGUUAACCAGCACAGAGACUCGUACUGCUCAUACAUGGGCCAUUUUGACCUUCUUAAUUACUUUGCCGUCGCUGAGAACGAGAGCAAGGCUCGUGUUCGAUUCAACUUGAUGGAGAAGAUGCUGCAGCCAUGUGGACCACCAGCUGACAAACCUGAAGAUGCUUAACAUUUGACUUUGUUGACUGUGUUUAUAAUGUUUUAUAACGCUGUACUGUAGAUCAGUUCUUUCAGUGGUGAAAGAUUGAUUUAUAAUUUCCUUCACUUUCAAUUGGCAGUCUGUUGGCCCAGUCUAUGGAAUAACAUUUGAACAUUUGCUUAUGAUUUGUUGGCCGUUAUUUUAAUAUUUUUCAAGCUAUAAUUUUUGUUUUGGUUGAAAAUUAAAGUCAGUUAUUGAGCGAGUACAUAAAAA